CAUUACCGGUUAUCUUUCAGAAUGCAUUACUACACAUCCUUCUGUAUUGUGUAUUCGUGUGUGACAAUACCGUGUACUAAUUGACUGGUGACGUCUUGAGUUUGGAUUCCAUCUUAAUUGUGAAGAUAUUCACAUAUGACCCUAGGAGUUAAAAGUUUAUUGCAGUAUGUACCUUCUUAAUUGGUAUCUAGUAUCAUUCGGAUUCCUCAAUGGUGUUCACAGUCAACAAAGAAUAUUUGGAAACCAACGAUUGGUAUGUGAUAGUGCUACCAUAAUGCUCCUCAUUUUCAUGGGCAAAGAACUGUUUCAAUACAGGCCUUAGUCGUAUGUCACUCCGACAUCCGUGAUCUCAGGCGCAAGCGUAAUAUUUAUAUAUUCAUUAAAGGAAGUCUGUAUUAUGCAACAUUUCGCCUUGUUUUUCUUUACGACAGCACGAUAUGCCUGUGGAAAGUGAAAAAUAAGGAUGAGACUAGCCGUAUUUGAUCAUAGGUGUAUACGUUCCACCUUUUGUCAGGUGGUAUAAUAUGGUCAGUCGCAUUGAGGUUAUGCGUGGUAUGGUAAGAAGAAAAACAAGCCAGUAAAGUUUUGGAACCUCAGUUUAAUUAUUUUGGGGUGUCGUAUAAGCCCGAAUGGAGUAACUGCUAGCGAAACCUUGUGACGAAUACAAUAGACCCGUGUGGUAUUUUCCAACUUAAGUCAUUUGUGGUGUAGCUGUGAUAUCCGGUUAUCGAGGGAAAGACGUUCACUGUGUACCAGUUCGCUCUGUCCUUCUUUAUGACUGAGGGAUUUCCAUUGAAAGUUGGAGACAUAGGGAAGCCUGCUGUCUUUGAUCUCAGAUGUUCGUUCCGUGUUAAGUGGUACUAUAUGGGGAAUAAUAUUAAAGUGAGACGUAGUGUUAGGUUAGGAGGGAAAGUUAACCAGGGAGGUUGUGGAAAUACACCGACCGAAAUAACCAGAUAACGUCAAACAUGUCAAACCAUUACCUUCCUUGACUAGUAAUGUUAGUUGACAUAGGAAUAGGUUUGCAGGAAUUAUCAAAAAAUGGCGCAUAUUCAUGUAGUUUUUGACUGUUUGAGCCUUGUAGAGGGAUGUAAAUUGUCUCGUCGAUGCUAACGAUCAGCGGUUAAAGGUUUAGCGAAUUGGCCCAGAAUCAUUUUAACCCUCUGUGAUUGUAUAGACCGCAAGUGUCCGUGUGGUUGUUGUCUGCUAUACACUCCCGUUUGUUGUAGUUAUGUUGCGUUUCUUUUCCACAUCUUCGUUUGUGCUUGCGUAAAUUGUAUUAACUCGAAUUGGUGCACUUUUACUCAAAGGUUUGCGGUAAAAAUCCGGACCUAGGUGUUUAGGUGAUUCAGAUAUUUUGUUUGGGAUGGCCAUUUUACUUUUCUGUGAAUACUGGAUAGUUGUCUGAACUCAUUAGGAAGAGGAAAGAUGGGUAACUCAAGUCUUGAGUAAAUUUUUUUCCGUGGUUGAAAGUACAAAAACUUUGUUCAGAAUCCAUCUUUAAUAUGGUAAAAGAUAGUCAUCAAAACGAUCGUGUUUGUAACUGUUCUUUGAUCUCCAGCCAAUAAAUAAGUUAGCUCUUAAGCAAUAGCUUACCAUUUGUACACUGUUUUUUAGUCUCACUUUAGUUGAUUUCGCAUACGGCGAUGGAUGCUGUCGGUGAUUCUAGUAAGCGUUUUGCGAAUCCCCCUUGUAGUUUAAAGACCUGAAGUGCUGCCUCGUGGGAAUGCUUCAUGGAUUUCAAGUUGUAACAUGACUCGUUAGUCAGCGUUUCACUCAGAGUAGAGGGAGCCACUAUCAUAGUUGUCGCUACUUGUUUCCUUUAUAAAUGUCAGCAAACUCCUGAGAUUUAUUUAAUUAUAUUCCGUUGUCUCUGAAUCAGCUCUAAGUAUUAGGCAUAUUAAUUUAUAGGAGAUAUCUUGACGUUGAUUUAUUUGUGCUCAAGACAAUUAGUGGUGACUCAAUUAUCGGACUUGGUGACCCUACUUUUCCAGCACCGCAAAGCUUUUUUAUUACCUUCUGUCUCUUUCCAACAAGCAAUCUACUUGAAAGUGGAUUUCCUGUUAGGGGGAGUUGUAUGUUUUGAAAGAUCACAAAAAGACCAGAUGGAGUUGUGAGGACUCAUGUGCUUGUGUCUAUUGAUAUUAGCAUUUUAGUGUAGGAUACCCGAUCUGUAUUCACGUAGCCUUAAGAAUCUGUAAGUCGAUACUCUAAAGAAGAUGGUCUCAGAUUAGUUGCAUGCAUUUUGUCUAUCUUUAAUGACAAUUUCUUUUUUCUACAUUGAUCUUAAAUCAUUUAACGACCCUCAUAUCUCAUGUUCACUUUUUUCUCAUUUCAUUGUUUUCACAUUGAUUUACAGAUAAAAGGUGUGGUAACUGACUACAUUUGUCAGGGGGAAUCACAACCAUAUAUGCUUAGAUUUUUGCUCAAGUUGUUCCAAAGGUUGCAUUUUGUCAGCAUCUUGACCUACACGAACUAUGUCAUCCAUGUAUUCUAGGUCAAUGAGACUUUUGUGCGAUGACAAGUUGACCUCUAAGAAGUCGAAGUCGACCAGGGUCACGUCCAUCAAUAAAUCUAUAACGAAAUUAAGUAAGGAUGGUCCAAAAAUGGACAUACAUGAUGGGCACCAUUGUUGUCGCUUUUGUUGACAGACAUUCUUAAGCUCUUAAAGAGCUGCAUGGGUUCGAGUGAAGCUCCAUGACACCUACCACAUACAAUACAAUUGCUCCAGAGCGAGACAUCGCCAUAGAACCUCACAAUUGAUGGAGUGAAAUGCUGCCUUUUGAAGAUAAAUGGCAAGUGUUGGAAACCGGUAAGUAAGCCAUAUUCCGAAACCUGUAAAAAGAUGAAGAAACGAUCAGUACACCUUCCGGGUCUAAAACCCGCCUUCUCUUGAGUUUAUUUUUUCACUGUCUUUGCAAGACUAUACCACCUCCCUAGAACUUUACAUAAUAUUUUGGUCAAGCUAAUCCUCCUGUAGUUAUCACAAGAUUUGUCUCCUUAUAAACUGGGACAGUCGAUGAUAGACACCAUUCCGUUGAAAUUAUCUCUGAUUUCCAUAUGCAAGCUAAUCCCAUAAUAAAUGUAGGUAGUAAUUUAUCACCAUUCUUAAAUACCUCACUUCGUCUUAGGCCGAGCAUCUGCAUUCGAAGAACUCGCUCACAUCAUAUAACUAGAGUAGGAUUAUUGGUAAAUAUAGUGCAGGUGAAUACCAUUUCGUUGUCCAUCAGCUAACUAUAAUGCCACUUACGAGCUAGGUGGAAUGACCAGUGUACUCAACCACUUCAUUCCCUGUAGUAUGAUCGGGUGUUGGGCAGGUUCGCUAAUUCGUUGUUUGGUGUGUCAGUAAAUGUCUUAAGAAACUAAAAGGUGUCUUUCUGUACGACUAUCAAACAUGAUUAGUGUGUAGUUUUGCCAAACAUCUUUAAGAAGGUAUUCUUAGCAUUGAUUACGUGGUAAGAGUGCUGGAGUUAAAUGUAUAAUUGUAUUCAAGUUUAGGCAGCUUUACUUCUUAACCGCACGGGUAAAAUAUUAGUAAAUCUAAAUUAUACAUAGAGUACAAACACUUCAUUUGAAGUGAAAUUCGAAUAAAUAUAUACCACUCAGUAGUUUUGAAGUAUUUCACCUUGGAUCUCUUGGCAUUCACAAAUUAUUUAUUGACCUCAGCUUAGCUAACCUACGAUCUCCCCAAUUAUUUUGACUAGGGGUCAAAAGGUAUGGAUUGACUUAUCAACAUCUUGGCUUUUCAUUUUAAUCAUUUGUCAACGCUUUUCGAAACUAAUCAUGGUGUGGUAUGUGUUCAGAAUGUGUAAAAUAGAUGGAAUCCUCCGGACGGUGGACACCAAUGGCUGGAGACAAUUGGUGAUGUGGCUCAAAAUCGUUCUCAAUGGCGCAUAUGCUUCCACUCCUUGUGACUUAUAAUUUCCAAUAAGACUAUAUUGUUCUUCGAUAUUACUAUUCUUUUUGCCUCAUAUCUCUGUUUACUGUUUCUAUUCCGCGUUUCUUUUUACUUUCUUCUCUGGCUUUGUGUGCUGAGUGAAGUGUAGCGACUCAAGCUGCUGCACACCGGUGCAAAGUUCUAUGUUGAAACCAGACAGACAGACAGUAAAAUAGAUGUAAUCGUAAUCCGAAAACUGAUAAUUUGUACAGUUCUGUCCAAAAAACUACCUGUUUCUUGUCAGCACUGGUUCUAUUGGGAGAUCACUGACCUUAAUAAUCAAUUGCUUUAGAAGGAGAUUAUUACUGCUGCAAAACUUGAUCAAAUGGCAGCUACUUGUUUCGUUCUUGUUUCACAGACACCUGUUUAUCAUCCUUGGCUUACUCAUUCCUUUCCUGCGUGUUGGUGCUUCGUGUAGAACCUGUCGUUCCUUUGUCUUUGGCGCAGACAUGAAUACCUUCGGUGACAUUGGUAGACCUUUGUGGCACCACCAUGCAAAUAAUUAAAAUGUUAAGCGUAGAUAAGCAAGCAAACGAACUGAGUCGGUUGAUAAAGUUGUGAACCCCUUUGUACUGAGGUGAUUGGAGUGUGCUACACAAGCCUUCACUAUUCUCAUCCUCUUUCGCCAAACAAAUUAGGAUUAGGGAAGAAAUCCAUAAGUGUCCUGAAGAGUAAAUUUUCACCGGAACUGUGUAGUACAGUGUACAUAUGUAUUGUCCAGUGAACAACAAAAACCGAUGGUUAUGAAUUGUCAGUGGUGAGAAUAGGAAUUUAUUGUAAUAGUACUGAUACAUAUAUUCUGUCUUUAUCUCACUGCUGUAUUUCUAAAUAUGUUGUGAUCUUUUUUAUUUUUGUUAAAGAUGUAGGUGGUAUUAUUAAUUUAUUCUUUCCUUUUGUUAUCUUUCACCUUAAUAAUCUGAUGUAUAGUAUGGCCAAUAUUAUUACACGGUUAUAGCAGAUCCUAUAUUGACGAUAUUUUUCUAUCAUCGUAAGGUUUGUGACAGAAAGCGCAUCUGAUCUCCAAACUUUCUUAGGAAGUUGCACUGUCGUGCAACUCAUCCCAGAUCACUGGGAUCACAAUUUCACUCCACCUACUUGCUGUUUACAGCAUCUAUACAGACGGAAGAAAACGAAGCGCACUUGAUGGCAUGAUUAUUGGACACAAAAAUAAGCGAAGUUGCAUGUACAAGUUCUACAGGUGGUACAGUACUGUUAGAGGAAGAAUUGAUAAUAAAAGAGGUUUGAAAGUAAACAUGUGAAGCUAUACUGAUCCCCCGAAGUCAUUGUUCAUCUGGAUUGGGGAAUGCAUCCUUUCUCCUCUGCUCCUAAAAGUCUUAAGAUUAAUCAAUACAAACCAGAUGAAAUGACUCAAAACUGUUUUAUUAGCGGAUACUUUCUAAUUGUGUGUAAACUAUGGACAUUUUCUUUUUGACAGGUGCUGUUUUGUUUUAUUCAUGUGUGGCCUACUUUUGGUUUAACACUUUCAUCUAUCGGCUUUUAAUUCUGUAGCACUCAGUACAACAAUGUCAAUGUGCAUUACUAGAUGGGAUUUCUCUCUAACUUCGUGAUGUUAGUAAUUGCUAGAGUCCUGUACAUCUUAAUUUUAUUCAGAAAGUGUAUCAGUAUUAUCAGUUUAUUUGUUUUCUUAACCUACUUCUCAAAGAGGAAUGUCUGUUGUCUGAAAUGGGAUUCUAAGGGUGUGGUUCCGUUCUUUUUGGUGUUAUUUACUACCGUCGUAUUAACAGACUAUUCAGAGGGUGAACUGUGUGUAAAACUGACUGGUCUAUUGAAGGAGCUACAGCAGAUAUAUAGUUUGGUCUAACGUAUUUAAUUUUCGUCUUACCACAAUUAGUUUGCUAAUUUAGGUGAUACAGUUUAAUCAAACGUAGCUAAGUGUCAUAAUCAUACUGUAGAGCUUGACAUUGCUAACUGGCCACAUUAAUCCUAGCCGAUAAAAGGACUUCCAAACUUAACAGUUGGAAGUUAGUUGUAUGUUAAUCCGUUAUUUGUAUGUACAAAUUUGCUCGUGUAGUCUUUCUUGUAUUAAACACCGUCUAAUACAUUCUUAUCUGUUUUGUUUGCAGAAUAACGAAACAUCGGAACUAGAAAAUAAACCGGAGAACAAAAACAUGUGUAAACGUGGUUGUGGCUUUUAUGGAAGUGAUCGGUUUAACGAUAUGUGCUCCAAAUGUUAUCAAGAAGAAAUUAAGUGUGAAUCUACUCUAGAUCAGGCCACGCUUCCUCGUCCUACUUCACGUGAUUUGAAGGAUAGUCGAAAAUCACAACACUUAGAUUGCUGCGAAAAUCCUCCUGAUGAUUGUGACGCAGUUCAGUCGGAUUCAAGUUCAUCUUCUCAAGUGUCUCGAGCACUUAAACGAAAAGCAGACUCUUCAAUUAUCGCAGAAACAUCCAAAGUCGAAUCGACAGCAUCCCGUUCUGCUCCUCGAGUAAAUCGCUGUACCUGGUGUCGUAAGCGUGUUGGACUGACAGGUUGGUAAUUGUUUUCAGUUUUUGUAAUGAAUUUAUGCAAAACAAGUUCUCCAAGUUUUUAUUACGGCGUUUUACAAAACAAAGUCUGAAAUAAAAGUAAUGUCUAGGAGGGUGUUUUUAGCAGUUGGUAGUAUUAUUUAUUAGUGAUUACGCGCUCUCUGAGUGAGUGAAACAAAGAACCGCAGUUGAACAUCUUCAUUGUAUUUAGUUCUCUGCCAUCACUCUCCACUGGCUGCAUGACUACUCACAUGGUUUUUUCAUAUCACCUUUGGACGCCGAACUCGUUACUUCCCAUUCGGGUUCCUCUCCAGAGCAUAACGUGUUUUUUUCUUCACGUUCCCAGUGAAACAUAGGGCCUCAAGCUAGUGGCUUGAAGUUUCUGUAGCAGUGUUUAAUUUUACAGGAUGGGGUUGCUAGCCUCAUGCCCAUCCUUUCCUCUUUACCAGCAUUAUUUCUAGCUCAGUGGGGUAAAGGAGUGCGACUCUGGCUGGCGAUCGAACCUCGAACCAUGUGCAUGGUCGGCGAGCGUCCUAACCGCUGUGCCACCGACGCAGAGUAUGACGUGUGAUAACACCUAAAGGUCUCCUCGACGUGCAUCCAAUUUUUCUCCAUUUCUUUGUGUAUUUUGUUGGGCAAUCGGUUCUUAACUGCUCCAUUGCCGGAUUUCCUUGUUGUUUAUUCUUUCUGGUUGGCCGUCUAAUCUUCAGUGUCGAGUAACAGCACGUGUUGAUGGAAGUAUCCAAUAAUAAAUAGCCUGUUGGAAAUGCUUUCGGUGACGCCUAUUGACUUAACAUUAAUUUUAAAAAUUUAGAUCUUAUGCUAAAUACUUUAGAUAUCCACAUUCAUUUUGGAUGAAUGAACGCAAAUGUUGCUUUCCUCAUUCCGGUUGACCUUAGCAUCAUCAUCAUGUGUACGAUCUGUAGUUGAAUUAUAAUACUGCAUGUUCAGGUAAGUGAAAGAUACAAUUUCGUUUACAUUCGUCCGAUUAUUGAUGGUGAAUGGGUGUUUGCUGUUGGUGGAUGUUAUGUACUGGUCGAGAAUUCAAUAGUCCUGACGCAAGAAAGACGGAAAUCAGAAGACCACUAGGUUUGCGAUGAUACUUCUAUUUUCCAAACACAAGGAGAAUCAAUAUCACACAAGUGUGUGAGGGCAAAAUAUAUGAAUGUUCGAACAGGUGUGUGAAACAAUUGUGUGAGCGAAUAUUCAAAAUGAACAAAUCAAUAGACAAUCUUAACAUGAUUGGCUAAUUAUAAUGGAAUAUCGAUCCAUAUAUACCUAGCAAAUAUAACAGACUGUCAAACAAAACACACAUAUUAUAUGGAUACAUAUCAGUGGAGUAUCUUCAUCAUCUCUAUCUCCUCUGUUAUUCACUUUUUUUCUGGUUCUGUGACUCUUUCGACUUUUGAUAACUAAAUGAUAUCAUCAAUUCUGGCACAUGAUGGGUAUCAUUCGCUUCCAUCUGGUACACAAAUCUGCAUUACUCCUUGUCUUAUCAAAUUCUUAUCAUUUUGGAACCGUUCCUGUAUGAAUUCACUUGCUUUUAAUGGUAUAUGUUCAGUGUACACUGUCAUUGCCUACUAAACAUUACUGACUAUUUUUAGUUCAGAUUGUCUUUUCAUUUGACAAUGCAGUACGAGUAGUAAGUGAUAUCGGUUUAUGAGUAUAAUUGAGAAGUUUUGCAGUCAACGGUAGUAUGCGAAUUUCAUUUCGAUAGUUACCUUUCAGUAUUUUGCACAGUCGUAUAAUUUUUGCUAGCUACCAAGCACCACGUAUUAUGAUCAUCCAAUAGGCCGAACUAUGUGAGUACAAAAUAGGUAUGUUGUAGUACAAAAGCUAUGUCUUCACUUUAUCUGACAAAUGCGGUCUAACACAUCUGCAUAGCAUUGGAGAAGUACUUUGGAACGGUCAUUCUGAUACGAAUAGAACUCGUGUACUACAUUCCUUUUAAUGAUGUUUAUAAUAUUCAUAUUAAGUGAGUAGUUAAUUUUUAAUAAGUCUAGUUUGUCACUAGUGUUUGUUUUUGGUUCAUUUCAGGUUUUGCUUGUCGUUGUGAUGGACUAUUCUGCUCAUUACAUCGAUACUCUGAUCAACAUGAAUGCGCCUACGAUUAUCAAGCCAAUGGUCGGCUUGAAUUGGCUCGCGCCAAUCCAGAAGUGCGAUGUCCUAAAAUUCGCAAACUGUGAUCAGGAGCAUAGCUUCUGACCCCUAAAUCCAAACCUUUGAUAUUACCUUCAUUCUUGAGACAUCCUUCAGGACAAUUAUAUAUAUAUAUAUAUACCAACUUUCAUCACACUAAUUUGUAUCUUUCUAUGUUUAGCCUGUAUGUUUGACUUCUUCCUACACCGAUUGUCUUUGCAAAUUUCAUUAUAAUCAUCUUUUAAGUAUAUAAAAGUAACUAAUUUGUUAAUAGCCAACUAUCGCAUCUAUCGCAUUUUGUCGCUGACUUUCUUCUCUUAAAUGUGAUUACAUCACCAUUUGCGCUACCCACAUAUUGUUUUGUUUCUUUUCUCAAUACUUUUGAAUUGUAUUUUGUUUCCCACUCUGUGAAAAAGAACACAUCUCUUUGCCAAAAACAAACAAACAGACAAAUAAUUAAAACUGUACGUGAUAAAUAACUGAUGUGCACCAUUCGAAAACUCGUGUUGACGAUGAUGAUAGCAUUGUGAUCGGUGGUUUUUGUCACUGGACCCACUUCCCGAACUUCUUGUUUGUAUGGGUAAGAGUUUGAGUGAGUGAGUGUGGCAGUGGUGAUGGUGGUGAUUAUUUUUGUGUGUGGUCAAGAGGUCAGUUGACAUCUAAGUAAGUUCGUGUGUGUGUGUGCGUGUAUCUCUUUGAUUUUGCCUUGCCUUCUCAUUCAUUUUUAGCCUCUAUUUUAUGAAUUACAUUAAAAGUAUUUACAUAUUACAAAAAAAAUAGUAGGAUUCUUGUAAGCAGCGAAGUUUAUUGCGUUUUUUGUUUUUAGUUAAUGCACAAAAUAUAACAAUUUGUACAAUCUUUAUGUUUGGAUAUAUAUACAUUAGUUAAUUAAUUAAUUGUGAAUAUCUGAAGUGCAUAUGUAUGUGGAACUAUGUAAAUGAUGUGUUGUGUGUGUGUGAUAUAUUAUUAGGCGCGCUUGGUGGAGAGACGAUGGCAACAACACAUGAAACAGUAGACUUGAUAUUUUAAUUUUGUUCAGCUUUUGUCCAUCUCCUAGCGCUCUCUCUCUCUGCCUAUCUCCCUAUGCAUAUACAUUGUAUCCAACUGUAUUUAUCUGUUUUUCUAUUAUAUAUUAUUAAUAAAUUGGAUUUAUAAUCCGUAUUUCAGUGACUGUAUGUUUACAGAAUUUCAGUAAUAUAUUGCGCAUAUAUCAUACAUACAUAUACAUAUAUAUACAUACAUAUAUUCUGUC